UACGCACCCCUCCGGCUAACCUGCGCACCUGGGGCUGGCUUCUUCGGCUCUCCUUCACACCCCCCAGCUCUCGAUCUGUCACCAUCCACCAUUUCCUUCGACCUCUCUCUCUCUCUCUCUCUCUAGAUAUAUUUAUAUAAAUGUAUAUGUAUAUAUAUUACAUACAGGCAUCUUCGUCUCGGUGGUAGACACGAACUUUCACUGGCUUACAUUUCUCUAACAUGCGCCCCCUCCUCUUCACCACCAUGCCCUCCAAUUCCAACUCCUCCUCGAUAUUCCCCAAACCCCACAGAUCUUCUAACCCCAAUCCUAAUUCUAACCCUAACCCCGCCCUCUGCAAGCACUCCCCCUCCGCCACGCUCGACCUCCUCAUCCUUAUCCUGGUCCUCUUCUCCGGCUCCUUCCUCCUCUCCUCCUACUUCUCCUACCUCUUCCACUCCAUCUCCCUCCUCCUCUCCAACUUCUCCCCACUCCUUCAACAUGUCUCUGUCCCUUACCUCCUCUCCUUUAUCCUCUUUUUCGCCGUCUCCGCCGCCCUCGCUGACUUCUGCUGUGGCGCCCGAUCCAGGCGCUGCCGAAACCCUGGCUGCAAGGGCUUGAAGAAGGCCAUGGAGUUCGAUUUGCAGCUGCAGACCGAGGACUGCGUCAAAUCCGCCGCCAAGUCGAAGGAGAUCGAUGGCUUGCCCUGGAAAGGCGGCAGCGAAUCUAACCCCGAUUACGAAUGCCUCCGAUCCGAGCUUAGGAAGAUGGCCCCGCCCAAUGGCCGCGCCGUUUUGCUCUUCCGCUCACGCUGUGGCUGUCCCGUCGCCAAGCUUGAGGGCUGGGGGCCCAAGCGUGGCAAGCGGCAUAGGAAGGCUGUGGCGGUUAAAGGAGGAGAUCAUCGCUGAUUGUUUGUGAUAUAUUGUCGGGGUCUCCACUUUAUAUAUUCACCCUCUACUAAGAUUCUAUAUGUACGUUCUUACUUCAUUCUCAAUGACUUGACUCAGUUACCAAAACAAUAUUUUUUUUUUAGUCCUUAUAAUCCCCCAUGGCGCUUCUAUAUAUAUGUAUGUCUCAAACAAUCUUCUCUGCAUCUGGCAUUACCUUGGAAGAUUGUCUCCCUUUUGUGGAAGGAUAUACCAAAUUUAAUGCAAAUAAAGAUAUAUGCAAUGCCCAA